GGCCGGGUCUGAGUGCUGAGACCGUCGCACAUAUCGACGGAUAACGGGUGAGAAAACAACGACUUGACGUCAUUGGGCAGUUGCGAAAGCGCGUUGAGGCUCCAGCUCUCCAGCAUAGCCUGCUGGAAGCAGUGCUGCUGCUGUUGCUGGAAGCUCGCUUUGCUUUCGCUACUGCAUAUAGGUCACUUUGAACUUCAAUUUCGUCUAAUCAGGUGAUUGGAUGCACCGAUCUGCAACAACAACAAGGCUGCGAUCCAAUCUGCAGUUUGGAAGAAGGAUAUGCAUGUAAUGCAUUGUGGGCAGUGCUCGUGGUGCAUUCCGCUGGCAUUGCUCAGAGCUGCACCGCUGGAUGAGCCACCACUAGCAACGGCUCAAGAUCAAUGACGAGAGAGUGGACUCGGACUGCACGGCGAGGACGAUGGGAAAACGACCAUGGUUGAAUACUCGCCGUCCAAUGUUCCGUUGUGAAGCAAUUAUUCUGCAUUCUCCGCGAGAUUUACACUGAAAAGUGAUCUUGGCUCGACGUAUUGUACAUGUAGAUUCUUAACGUCAAUUGAUUCUUGGUGUUCAAAACUUGCUCACUUGCUCCGGACCACGGUCGCAGCAACAAUUGGAAAUGUUAAAGCAACAAGCUCCCGCCUCAGACCUUGGAUGUCGAACAAGGCCGGUUGCAUCGACGCUACAAUUAGAAAUCGUGAGCCGACGGAGCUGUUGGUGCACACGUAUUUCUAAAUCGAACACACGUCGAUCUUGCAAAAAGAUACUUGGACCGCCAGAAUCGAAUUUUCACCAAUCAUCGAAUUUUGUACAGGAAGUAGCCAAUCUACGGACAGGAGCACGGCUUUGUAGGGUGUGGCUGUUGGAUCGGGUGUGACGUGCAGGCGGACGUGAGGGUGCAGACCGCCAUUGCGGAAAUCCCGAGCUCGUGCUCAAGUAGCCCAAGAAGAGAAGUAGAGACCUUCGCAUCAUGUGGCGCCGCUCGCUGUCGUUGCGCACGAAGCUUCAGACACUUAAGCGUCAGCCGCUCGCUGCACACUCGCGCUUCCUGUCGUCCGCUGCGCUCACAGCCGAGGAGCAAGAGAUGCUCAACGAGCCGCGCGAGGCCAUGGACUACGACGUGUUGCUGGUGGGCGCCGGCCCUGCGAGUCUCGCGGCCGCGAUCCGCAUGAAGCAGCUCUCGGCCGAGAAGGGCACGGAUCUGUCUGUGUGCGUGGUCGAGAAGGGCGCCGAGGUGGGUUCUCACAUUGUGUCAGGCAAUGUGUUCGAGCCACGUGCGCUGGACGAGCUGCUGCCCGACUGGAAGGAUCUGGGUGCCCCUCUGGACACGCCCGUGACCAAAGACAAGUUCCUACUGUUGACAGAGGACAAGUCGCUUGGUCUGCCGCACUUCCUUUUGCCUCGUGAGGAGCACAAUGAAGGCAACUACAUCAUCAGUCUCAGCAAGUUCGUCCGCUGGAUGGGCGAGCAGGCCGAGGAGGCUGGUGUCGAGAUCUACCCGGGUUUCUCGGCUUCCGAAGUGCUGUACCGUGAGGACGGCUCAGUGGGCGGCAUUGCCACGCGUGAUGUCGGUGUCGGCAAGGACGGCAAGCCCAAGGGAACUUUUGCUCGCGGCAUGGAGCUCCGUGCACGUGUGACGCUGUUUGGUGAAGGUUGCCGUGGCUCGUGCAGUGAAGAAGUGAUGGAAAAGUUCAAUUUGCGCGAAGGUGUGCAGCCCCAGACGUACGGUAUUGGCGUGAAGGAGGUGUGGCGUAUCCCCAAGGAGAAGCACCAGGCUGGUCUUGUUCAGCACACGCUCGGCUGGCCAUUGCAGCAAUCGCUGAUGGACAAGACGUUCGGUGGCUCCUUCAUGUACCACAUGGAGGAGGAUCUCGUGCAGAUCGGUGUGGUUGUUGGUCUGGACUAUGAGAACCCGUACAUCAACCCGUACGAGGAGUUCCAGCGGUUUAAGACUCACCCGGCGAUCCGGAAGUACCUGGAAGGUGGCGAGUGCAUCCAGUACGGCGCUCGUUGCUUGAAUGAAGGCGGUUAUCACGCUAUCCCGAAGCUGACGUUCCCUGGCGGCGGUUUGAUUGGUUGCUCGGCUGGUUUCCUGAACGGCGUGAAAAUUAAGGGCACGCACACUGCUAUGAAGUCCGGAAUGCUUGCUGCUGAGGCUGCGUAUGAGGCUUUGACUGCCACUGGUGCAGAGCCUGUCGCCGAGACGGCGGAGAUCAACCCUGAGGAGCCAGCUAUUGACAUCUCGAGCUACGAGGCUGCUGUGGAGGACUCCUGGAUUGCCGAGGAGCUCAAGGCUGUGCGUAACGUGCACGCUGGAUUCCACAAGGGCUUUCUGCCUGGUCUGCUACACGCUGGAGUGGCGACGCACGUCCUCAGAGGAAGGGAGCCAUGGACUAUCCCGAACACCGAGCCAGACUCGGCCAAGACGCGCCCGGCAAAGGAGUUCACACCCAUCGAGUAUCCGAAGCCCGACGGCAACUUGACGUUCGACCUGCUCUCGAACCUGCAGCGCAGCGGUACCAACCACAACCACGACCAACCUGCUCAUCUGCGCAUUAAACCGGAGCACACGGAGGUUCCCUCGAAGGAGUCGUUCCCUGUGUACGCUGGCCCGGAGCAGCGAUUCUGUCCCGCUCGUGUCUACGAAUACACGGAUGGUAGCGAGGCCAACGGCGUGCCGCAGCUUGUGAUCAACGCCCAGAACUGCGUCCACUGCAAAUGCUGCUCAAUCAAGAUGCCCAAGGAGUACAUCAACUGGACUGUCCCUGAGGGCGGAGGUGGCCCUGCUUAUGAGCUCAUGUAGGACCUUUUGGUGAAUACUUUUCGGUCUUGGGGGCUUGUAGUAAAUAUUCAAUCAACUACCCGAUAUUACGGUUGGUACGAACUAGAAAACGAAUGCUUACUCUUCAGUUGUGAGAUAUUAAUGCCUGCUAGCCUAAGAUUUUUGCUAGAGCUGUCUUCUGGAGUGUCGUGAGAUGGCGAGGGAAGGUAAUGUCGAAUCUGAUGCGCAGAUCGCCGCGUUCGCCUGGUUUAUUAGAGAUCGGCAUGCCUUCAUUCUUCACCACCUUCUCUGAGCUGGGAUUCACCACUUCGUUGCAUGAUAUGGCCAGCUUGCGACCAUCCAACGUCGGCACCUCCACGCAGUAGUCGCCCAAUGCCUCGCUCAGCUUCAACUUGGCCGUAAACACAAGGUGAGCACCGUCACGCUUGAACAGAUUGUGUUCUUGCUGCACCACUUGGAAGACCACAUCUCCAGCUUCGUUGGUUCGAGUCUCGUUGCCUUCCCGAUCGAACGUGAUCUUGGUGCCAGCCUUCCAGCCAGGCUUGAUCUUGACCACGAAAGUCUUGGCGUCGUCAACCAAGUCGUCAUUCUGCAGUCGUUUGCGUGCAACGACCGUAGACUUGGACGUCCCCAGGAACAGCUCUUCCAACGUGCAUACCAGAUCACACACAAUGGGCUCCGCUUUCUUGGGACCUUUCUUACGCAGAGAGUUCGCAAACGGGAGUGUAUCACCAAAUCCGAAGUCACCGAACGGGUUGUUCGUUCCGAAAAACUUAUUGAACACGUCCUCGGACGCUCGUUCGUUGAAGGCGUAGCCGUCGCGCAUGUCGCCGUUUUCGUCCGGUACUCCGUUCUUGAGACCGUCGUAGCCGUACUGGUCGAAGAUGGCACGACGUUCUGGAUCAUUCAACACGUCGUAAGCCUCCGAGAUCUCCUGGAAACGGUACUGAGCCUCCAUCAUGUUGUUCUUGUUUUUGUCAGGAUGCCAUUUCAUCGCAAGUUUGCGAUAGCUAUCCGACCAAGCACAACAACUCAGCAUACUGCAAGAAAUUCGACAUUGCAGCUGACGCACUUACGCUUUCUUGAUCUCCUGCUCGGUAGCGCCACGAGGAACUUGGAGCAGCUCAUAGUAGUCCAUCGGUCUGGAAGAUCCGAGUACGGCGAGCUUGUCGUUUCGAGGAAUGGAGCGAGACGACGGCGACUAAAUAUGGUGUCAAUACAGCAACGACCAACGAGUCAAUACACAGAGGAACGCACCACACUACAGCACUGGAAUGGGACGGCACGAACGGCAAAACGAGGCUAGCUCCAGAUAUAUUACGUCUGCCGGCUGCAGGUAUCAACUCUUGGGGCUAGAAAUCGCGGUACAACAUCAGCAUACCGUCUAAGUGGA